AUGACAGGAAGAAAUCAAACUGUCAUCUCAGAGUUCUUCCUCCUAGGCCUGCCAAUUGAGCCAGAGCAGCAAAACCUGUUCUAUGCCCUGUUCCUGGCCAUGUAUCUUACCACCAUCCUGGGGAACCUCCUCAUCAUUGUCCUGAUUUACCUGGACUCCCACCUCCACACACCCAUGUAUUUGUUUCUCAGCAAUUUGUCUUUUUCUGACAUUUGCUUCUCUUCUGUGACCAUCCCCAAAUUGUUGCAUGACAUGCAGAGCCAAGACUCAUCCAUCCCCUAUGCAGGCUGCCUGACACAAAUGUACUUCUUCCUGUUUUUUGGAGACCUAGAGAGCUUCCUCCUUGUGGCCAUGGCCUAUGACCGCUAUGUGGCCAUCUGCCUCCCCCUGCACUACACCGCCAUCAUGAACCCCAAGCUCUGUCUCUCUCUGGUGGUGCUGUCAUGGGUGCUGACCACACUGCAUGCCAUGUUACACACUCUUCUCAUGGCCAGAUUGUAUUUUUGUGCCAACAGCGUGAUUCCUCACUUUUUCUGUGACAUGUCUGCUCUGCUGAAGCUGUCCUGCUCUGACACUCGAGUUAAUGAGCUGGUGAUUAUUUUCAUGGGAGGGCUCAUUCUCGUCAUCCCAUUCCUACUCAUCAUCAUGUCCUAUGCACGAAUCGUGUCCUCCAUCCUCAAGGUCCCUUCUGCUAGAGGUAUCCGCAAGGUUCUCCACCUCUGUGGCUCCCACCUCUCCGUGGUGUCACUGUUCUACGGGACAGUUAUUGGUCUCUAUUUAUGUCCAUCAGCCAACAAUUCUACUGUUAAGGAGACUGUCAUGGCUGUGAUGUACACUGUGGUGACGCCCAUGCUGAACCCCUUCAUCUACAGCCUGAGGAACAGAGACAUGAAGGGGGCCCUGAGAAGAGUCUUUUUCAAAAAGAAAAUCCCCUUCGCUGUAUAA